CGCAAUUGAAUUCGUUAUUGUGUGUGUGAAAGGAUAUUUUCGCGAUUUUAGCACGGCUAAAACUUUUGGUGUGGCUCUAAAAUGAAUUUAAUUACAUUCAUGAGUGUCAUCGUAUUGUGCUUUGUUAAUACAAGACAACAAAAUACAACCCAACCCAGGCGCAGCGGUCACCACAGAGACCCUAAUUUGAUGAACGCUGUUCAGCAAAUUCAGCAACAACUGACCACGUUAGACAGCGAGAACCAACGUCACAUCGUCCGGUUCCAGGAAAUAACCCGAGCGACCACACGCCUAGAGACACAGAGGCAGGAGAUCAUCGCCACCCUGGACAGAACAGAGUCCCGGAUAGCUCAGAAGUUGGAUGACAUCAAGGGAGAUGUCGGAAAAAUAAUUACAUUACAGGAUGUCACGCGAGAAGAUGUGGAUAAGAUGGAACAAAAUCAAUUGCUACUCAAAGUGUGGUUAGAUGAGCAACUACGACAAAUCAUUAACUAUCCUUCGAUUGCAAGACAUGAGCAGACAACUGAUCCAGCAGCUACUCUCUAUGCUAAUGCAGACAUACUGGCAAAUCUUCAAAUACUACAAUCUACCUUAUACAGUUUACGGAGAAUGGCCGACACUUUACAAUCAAAUCUUAACUCAAUCAAAACAAAUUUAACAGAUUUGACGAAUAUUACAAGAUCCAUGCAAAAAUUUGAGCAAGAAUCGCUUGUAACUAAAACCUAUUUCCAAACAUCACUCAACAUACUUACAGAAGAGAAACCUAAUUACUACCCAAUAGCUGGAUUAACUCAACUUGUGCAACAAGAAGCCGAAGAAACUCUACCAAGGGAUUGCUACGAUGUCCAGCAACACUUGCGGAACCAGUCAGGCAUCUACAGAAUCCGGAUGCAUUACGCUUCGAGGCCAAUAUUCGUGUUCUGUGAUAUGGAGACCGACGGAGGAGGAUGGACGGUUUUCCAACGUAGAAAAGAUGGAACUGUGGACUUCUUAAGAGAAUGGCAAGACUACAAACAUGGAUUCGGGAAUGUUGGAGGGGAAUUUUGGUUGGGGAACGAGAACUUAUAUCUGCUCACCCACCAGGAUCUGUACGAGCUACGAAUCGAUUUGGCAGACUUCGACGACGGAACUGCUUUCGCAAAGUACGGAGGAUUCGCUGUCGGAAGUGAAAAGGAAAAAUAUAUGCUAAAGUUGUUGGGACCGCUGACUGCGGGAGACGCAGGAGAUGGAAUGUCAUAUCAUGCCUCUAUGCCCUUCUCGACCAUUGACAUGGAUAAUGACCGCUGGGAAGGCGGACAUUGCGCCAAGGAUCACACAGGAGGCUGGUGGUACAAUCAAUGCGACGCCAGCAAUUUGAAUGGACAGUAUCUGAGAGGACUGAACCAGAAUGAGUACCAAGGAAUUUAUUGGUAUGAGUGGCAAGGACCUAGUUACUCCCUCAUGACGUCACGAAUGAUGAUUCGACCAAUGCAGCAGCAGUAUGAGAAAAGAGUUAAAUCUAACGCAACCGAUGUCGACAAUGACGAGUUUGGAGAAUUAGAUUUGUAAAAGUUGCCUUAGGGGCUGUCUACAAAUGAUGUCACGCUUUAGGGAUAGGGAGAGGAGCUGGUAAAGUUUUGAGUUUGUAUAUGACAAGGGGGUAAAAAGAAAUGUGACAUCACGUAUUUUUUUAAUGAGUAGGUUAAUAAAAAAUAGAGCAACAUCUGACAAAUGGGGUGGGGGUAAUGAUGAAGUGUGACUUUUUGUGAUAAAGGAGGGAGGGGAAAUCAAAGAAAAAAAAAGAAUGAAAGAAUGUUUGACUUCAUUUAUGGACAGCCCCUUACCCGUUUGUAAUGACUGCAUCAAUUUUUGCCACAUUGCAUUUCCUUCUAUAUUUAUAGUAUCAAUUCAAUAUCAAUUUUAUUAAUUAUGUAAAACUGAAGAUGUUAUCAUACAAGUAGACUGAUAAUGUUAUUUAAAUUACUUUUAUAAUUAUGUGUGUUGUAAA